AUGUUGUUGCUCGAUUAUCAGAACGUGCUCAUUGAGUCACUACUCAAGGACCGCUUCGCCGCAGACGCGACUCCCACCUCAAUCGACCAGCUCAUCUCCGACUUCGACAAUGUCACCUUCCACAUCUCAACACCCACCAGCAAGACCCAAAUCCUCAUCUCCAUCGCGAUAAAAUGCUGGCCCGAGCUUGUCAAAUAUGGCGCCGAAGCCGUCCUGCAACGCGAAUACGGUCCGUACAUCGUGGAGCCGGAGCAAGGAUAUGAUUUCAGCGUGCAGGUCGACCUGGAGAACCUGCCAGCCGAGCAGGAAGAGAAGGACCAAUUGGUCUCGCGAAUCAGCCUAUUGAAGCGCCACGCCAUGGCCGCGCCAUUCGAGCAAGCAUUCGACGAGUACGCCGUGCUGCACGAGCAGGCUAGCCACUACACGAGCGAGAGCGCGCCGCAGGGCGUCCGCGAGGGAGGAGAGGUCCGCGCGAUCCACUACCGCGAUCCAGAGACGAUCUACAUCAAGGCCUCGCACGAUCGGGUCACGGUGAUUUUCAGCACGGUGUUCUCCGACGAGACGGAUCGUGUGUUCGGAAAGGUCUUUCUGCAGGAGUUUGCCGAUGCGCGGAGACGGGCGAUUCAGAAUGCUCCGCAGGUUCUGUUCCGGAAUGACCCGCCGUUGGAGUUACAGGGUGUCCCAGGUCUGAAGAGCGGCAAGGGCGAGAUGUCAUACAUCACAUUCGUCCUUUUCCCGCGUCAUCUCACCCCACAGCGACGAUACGAGGUCAUUUCUCACAUUCAGACCUUCCGUGAUUAUUUCCACUACCACAUCAAGGCCAGCAAGGCUUAUAUUCACAGCCGUAUGCGCCGAAGGACGGCAGACUUCUUGCAGGUGUUGCGGCGUGCUCGUCCGGAAGCAGAGGAGAAGGAACGAAAAACGGCCAGUGGAAGAACCUUCAAGGUUCAAGGAUGA